AUGGACGUGCGUCACGUGCCCGUCGUGGACGUCAGUGCACUCAUGGCAUUGCCGACCGACGCCCACGUAGACGAGGCAGUGCGUGACGCUCGGGCGAGCGGCUUGCACGCGACUAUUUCCGAAAUCCGGGCUGCUGCUACCGACUGGGGUUUCUGGUACAUUACAAAUCACGGUUUAUCAAAACACGAGCUGGCGACAUUUCAAAACCAGAUGCGGUCGUUCUUUCGUCUGUCAUUGGAUGUGAAACGGCGUGUCGCGCGUGGUGUAUUAAAUUCCAGAGGCUAUUUCGACAACGAAUUAACUAAAAACAAGACUGAUUGGAAAGAGUGUUUCGACGUGUCUGGGAUUCAAGAAGAUGGCCCGACAAAGCAUCCAAAGCACGAACGGAUGGGCGAAGAUGAGAAUCAAUGGCCUCUGGAAGUGCUUUUGCCUGGCUUUAGUCCAGGGAUUCUCGAGUAUUACUGCAAGAUGGAACGUCUGUCACGUCGACUGGUGAAAGUGUGUGCUGCUGCUUUGGGGCAAGAGCCAACGGUGUUUGAUCCUUUUUUUAACGAGGACAACUCGAGUUUCUUGCGGUUGAACCACUACCCGGUUGCUCCCAUGCCAGACAAGACAAUGGGCGUGCAUCACCAUACAGAUGCUGGAGCUUUGACGAUUCUACUGCAGGAUGACGAGGUGGCGUCGUUGCAGGUGUUGCACCGGGAGUCCAAAACGUGGACGCUCGUUCCACCUCGAGAAGGCACGUUCGUUGUGAACGUCGGUGACAUGAUGCAGGUGUGGUCGAACGACGUGUUUGUCGCGCCGUUGCACCGCGUCCUGGCUAAUGGCUGCACUGAUCGGUUCUCCGCGCCGUUUUUCUACAAUCCAUCGUACAAGACUCAGGUGCAGCCUCUUGUGGGAAAAGAAGGUGAGGACGAACCUCGUUAUCGUCCAUUGAGUUGGCGCGCGUUUCGUCAGGCGCGGUUCCAAGGUGACUAUGCUGAUAGUGGCAAGGAAGUGCAGAUUGGUGACUAUAAAAUCCUCGGCCCUAUCGAUGUGGCCAAUUCGUGA